CACGCGCAGUCAGGUCACGACCACGUGCGUGCAAACCAUUUGUUUCAGUCAGCAGGUCAUGGAGAGACUGUUUCUUCCAUUCCGCUCCACCACGUGCCGCCGCCAGCAGACCAGGCAAGAUGUGCGCAGACGACAGACGUCUUCACGCUCCAGCCACUUCAGGAUAGAUAACUCUGAAUUUAACUCGCCCGAUUUUCCUCCCUUCACAGAGCAGCUGCCACUAGUGGUAGGGGCUGCCACAAAUCUCAGGGCUUUGAGACUGGACCUCGGCCCCAACAGGACGACUGUCAACACCAGCUGCGCCAUGAACACAGGCGAGACAUUGGGGAAGGUAAUUUUUACUUGUCUGAGAUUAUUGGGAGGAGCAGGCGGGAUCUCCACUGGCCUGGGCGCCAUGAGGGUGGCGGUGCGUGCAGACUGCAUUGCGAGUGGAGGUGAUGCCGACAGGCACCUCAUCAUCGUCGGAGAUUUCGGCAGCAUCGUUUGUCACGUGUCAAAGGAAAUCGCAAAGUUCAUCGGAGAUCACUUUGAUCGUCGAGUGGUGACUGCCUGUGAUGUCAAGGACAAGAAGCUGGUCGGCUGA